GCUUCGUCAUCGCCGCCACUUCCGGUCUUUCAAUCGCUUGCGCUUCUCCCUCCCUAGUGUUAGCCUAGCAGCGAGCUAACUGAUGGCACGUCCUCGUUCGAGGCAACCCCUCCGGUAGUAUCGAGAGCUUCCCCGGCCUCUUCCCUCAUGUUAGCCCGCCUCGUGUCGCCGCUCGUGCCGCUCCUGCUGCUGGCCCCGACCGCGCACGCUCACAUCUUCCAGCUGGACUCGCUGUCCAACGUGUCCUCGUACUACUUCAACUACAUUUACUGCAACAUUUGGGAGGGCGAGUGUCAGCCCCACCUGGACGAUGCGACGCAGCAAGUUCCUGCGAGGGACGUGUGGGCCGGUUUUGUCCAGGACUCCACGAACCUGCUGUACCGCUGGUACUGCAGCCUGGGCCAGUGCUGCGAGACCGGCGACUGCAGGGUGACCAACAACAUCACUGGUUUGGCUCAAGACCUUCAGAGCAAGCUCCACGGGCAGCACCUGGCCCAGUCCGUGGUUCUGAAAGCAAUCCAGGGUUUUAUCAACAACCCGGAGUCCAACAAGCCCCUGACGCUCUCCUUCCACGGCUGGUCGGGCACCGGGAAGAACUUCGUGGCCCGCAUGGUCGCGGAUAACCUUUACCGCGACGGGGUGAAGAGCGAGUGCGUGCGGCUGUUCAUCGCGCCGUUCCACUUUCACCACGCGAGGAUGGUGGACACGUACAAGAGUCAACUGAAGGAGGCGAUCCGGGACACGGUCCUGCGAUGUUCCCAGACGCUGUUCAUAUUCGACGAGGCCGAGAAGCUGCACCCGGGCCUCAUCGACGCCAUCAAGCCGUACAUGGCGCACUACGACAACGUGGAUGGGGUCAACUACCGCAAGGCCAUCUUCCUCUUCCUCAGUAACAUCGGAGGAGCGACAAUCAACGACGUCGCGUUGGACUUUUGGCACUCGGGUCAGAACCGAGAGGACAUCGGGAUGGAGGAUCUGGAACACCGACUACGAGCAGAAACAAUGGAGGCUCAUGGCGGUUUCGCCAAGAGCGAGCUGAUGUCCGCCCACCUGAUCGACUUCUUCGUGCCCUUCCUGCCGCUGGAGUACCGCCACGUCAAGCGAUGCGCGAAGGACGCCUUCGCCGCACGAGGCCUGGAGACGGACGAGGCCACGCUGGACGAGGUGGCCAAGGCCAUGCUGUACAUCCCCAAGGAGGAGAGACUGUUCUCGGCCCAAGGGUGCAAGUCCAUCCCCCAGCGGAUCAACUUCUUCCUUCCUUAGAAACAAACGAGGGAGACGUGUGGAGGGGGUGUGCGUUUCCACUCCCCCGCAGGUGCAAAACACGGCACGCGUGUCGAGCCGGGUCACUUGCGCGAGGUUGGACAACGAGAGCACUUCCUGUGUGAGGCGGGCGGAACCGAGCGCCGUCGCACGACGGCGGCGCGGCGGCGUAAGAGGACGUGCCGCUGCCGCUUGCUGGGGAUGAGCAACACCACGCGGUUGACUACAGUGGGGGAAAUAAUUAUAUAUAUCAAAAAUUUUAAGUAUCGAUUAUUUACACAAAGGUGGCCAAAAGUACACAAUCUCAGUACUUGUACUAAAGUACAGUGGUGCUUUGAAGUACGAGUUUUAUUAGCCUCCUUAAUUACCACAUGGCGGCACGGCUGGUAGCCUCACAGUUCUGAGGACCCGGGUUCGAUCCCAGCCCCGUGCCUGCGUGGGUUUUCUCCGGGCACUCCGGUUUCCUCUCACAACCCAAAAACAUUAAUUGGACACUCUAAAUUGCCCCAAGGUGUGAUAGUGAGUGCGGCUGUUUGUCUCGAUGUGCUCUGUGAUUGGCUGGCAACCAGUUCAGGGUGCACCCCGCCUGAUGCCUUUUGACAGCUGGGAUAGGCUUCAGCACUCACCGCGACGCUCGUGAGGAUAAGUGGCAAAGAAAAUGGAUGGAUGGAUUACCACAAACUCAAAACACGUACCUCAUCACCAACUAUUAAGUCUCCUUCCACUCCAAGGAAACCAAUGUGAAUUGAUAGCGGACGGACUUUGUGAGUGUGCUGCAGUCGUCUAGCGGUGGGCGUCCGAAGCACGUUCACAGCUCAAAUUUGUGGUCUUAUUGCAAAGGCAAACUAGCGGCUCGGAUCUUGAAAAACGUGUAAGUUAAGCACUUGUAACUCAAGGCGCCACUUCUUUAUGGAAGUAAAUAGGUACCACCAGGAUUUGAAUUUGGAAUGUAAAGUGAUCACGUUUUCAAUAGUUGUAUUUCAGUGUAACUUUUCAAUGUUGACAAUUCAACCGGCUACAAUUCGCUGUCUAAAAUUCACCGUCUCCCACCAGGCAGGGUGAAUUCAGGUCGGAACCAAACAGCCAGUUACGCUUUCUUAUUAGUGACGUCAUGUGACUAAGAAAGAUUGGCUGGGUGUUCAGUUCUGACCUGAAGUAACCCUGCCUGGUAGUGAAUUUCAGACUGAAUUGGAGCAACUAUUGAAAAUGUGAUCACUUGACAUUUCAAAUUCAAAUCCCCUUUUCUGUGGCAUUUCUAAUUCAAAUCCUGGUGGUACAUAUUUACUUCUAUACUCCUUGUAUAAAAAACAAAAAAGAAGAGAAGUAAAAUAACUGAUUUCUAAGUUCAGUUAUAAAGUACAAAGUAUGAGUACAUACUUUCUAUUGUCGGUUAAUUGAAAACUGGCACAAUGUAAAACUAAGGCAUGUAAUAUUUUUCACUGACCAGUAUAUUAUGUAUUUAGAAGAUAAAUCAUAAGAGACGAUUUAAAAAAUGUGUUCCCAAAGCUUUGCAAAAUUUGUGAAAAAAGCUAAUGAAACUACUGUGCACCAUACGUGAAUGUAUUUUCUUUAACUUGUGUGAUUUGGGGAGGGCUGAAACAAAACUUGCACAAUUAUUUUUUUUGGAAUUAUGAUUCUGAGUGUGAAGACUGUCUUUGUCGAUGUGACAUUUUUUUUGCCAUCCUCCAACCUUCUUCAGUUGAAGCUUCAGCAAUUUUGGAUGAUACUGUCAUGUACGACCAUCAUAAAGAAAUAACCAUAAAUUAAUUCCUUUUGCUAUGGAGCAAAUUUACAAAUUCGGCAGGGGAUUAAAUAAUUAUUUCCUCCACUGUGCAAAAGUGUUAGGACACCGUUGGCUUUGUUGUCGUGAUCUUUUAUCACCACACAUCGUGACAUAUAAGCAAAUACUAGUAGGAUAGGAUUGAUUUAAAUUAUUAAGUCGUAAACACUCCCCAAGGCUUCAGCGCAGUAGUUCGAUGUCCAGCCACCCCCUACCCACUUUUUAAUGUUGCACUAUUUUUUUUUUCUGUUGAAACGUCACGAUUUCAGCGUUAUGACAUCGAAGUGGGGCAAGUGACCCGCGGUGUUAAAAUGACCAAGAACUGAAUCGUUACCAUGUAAGCAACACGAGACUAUAUCAUGUCAAAAAGUUGUGAGGAUAAGCAUGGAAAUGGAUGGAAGGAUACUUUUAAAUGCGACCAUGUCGUUUUUGUAUAUUUUUCAGCACUUCGCAUUUGCUUAUUGUUUUUGUCACGUGGUUUUGCUCUUUGAUGUGUUGAAUUCUACAUAAUGUGAAAACAAUUAAAAAGACAAACCCUAUUUCUGUAUUUUUUUUAAUAUUCAUCUUGAAACCCAAUACGAAUAAUACAUGCUCAGUGUCCUAAUAAAUAAAUAAAGGCAUAAUUGUGGUCACAUUUAAAUGCUGGAGGUUUUGAUGGUU